GGCCGACGCCGAGUCACCACAUUGGAUUGUUCGCCUUUUCUUCCCCUGGGCGUGCGCGUUCCUAGGGAUGCAGAGCAGUUUAGUGUCAAUCUAGGUUUUGGGUGCCCUAUCUAAAAGUCGACACCAAAUUUCUUCUUCGCUCAAAAUUGUUCUGUAACUGAGCUUCGGUUGUGGGCAACUAAAGAUGGCUACUGCUUCAGUGGCUUUUAAGUCUAGGGAGGAUCAUAGAAAGCAGCUGGAAUUAGAAGAGGCGCGUAAGGCGGGGCUUGCGCCGGCGGAGGUCGAUGAAGAUGGCAAAGAAAUCAAUCCCCACAUUCCUCAGUAUAUGUCGUCAGCACCUUGGUAUCUCAAUGCUGAGAGACCCAGUUUGAAACAUCAAAGGAAAUGGAAGUCGGAUCCAAAUUACACCAAAUCAUGGUACGACAGAGGUGCCAAAACAUUUCAAGCUGAUAAGUUCCGUAAAGGAGCAUGUGAGAACUGUGGAGCUAUGACUCACAAUGCAAAAUCAUGCAUGGAAAGGCCUCGCAAAACUGGAGCAAAGUGGACCAAUAGGAAUAUUGCGCCAGAUGAGAAAAUUGAGACCUUUGAACUGGAUUAUGAUGGUAAAAGGGACCGAUGGAAUGGAUAUGAUGCAGCAACUUAUGCUCAGGUCAUUGAAAGAUAUGAAGCAAGAGAUGAGGCAAGAAAGAAAUUUUUGAAGGAACAACAGCUUAAACAGUUGGAGGAGAAGAACAAUAGCCAGAACAAAGAAGGGGACAGUGAUGAAGAGGAUUUUGAAGAUGCUUUGAAAGUAGAUGAAGCUAAAGUUGAUGAGAGCAAGCAGAUGGACUUUGCUAAGGUAGAGAAGCGUGUUCGAACUACAGGUGGUGGGAGCACUGGAACUGUCAGGAACUUGCGUAUUCGAGAAGAUACAGCAAAGUAUCUUCUUAAUCUUGAUGUCAAUUCUGCAUACUAUGACCCCAAAACCCGUUCUAUGCGUGAAGAUCCUCUUCCUGAUAUGGAUCCAAAUGAGAAGUUCUAUGUUGGAGAUAACCAAAACAGAUUAAGCGGUCAAGCUUUAGAGUUCAAGCAGCUGAACAUUCAUGCUUGGGAAGCAUUUGAUAAGGGCCACGAUAUUCAUAUGCAAGCAGCUCCAUCCCAAGCUGAAUUACUUUACAGAAAUUAUACGAUCAAUAAGGAGAAACUGAAGGGUCAAACAAAAGAGAGUAUCAUGGAGAAGUAUGGCAAUGCAGCUGCUGAAGAAGAACUUCCAAGAGAACUUCUACUUGGUCAAAGUGAAAGAGAAGUCGAAUAUGACCGUGCUGGUAGGAUCGUAAAGGGCCAGGAGGCAUCCCUUCCACGUAGCAAGUAUGAGGAAGAUGUUUUCAUCAACAACCACACAUGCGUCUGGGGUUCGUGGUGGAAGGAUCAUCAAUGGGGCUACAAGUGCUGCAAGCAGACCGUCAGAAACAGCUAUUGCACUGGGUCUGCUGGAAUUGAAGCUGCUGAAGCUGCAGCAGAUCUUAUGAGGGCAAAUAUUGCCCGUAAAGAGGCUGCUGAAGAAACGCCAGAUCCAGUAGAGGAGAAGAGGCUUGCUACUUGGGGAACUGAAGUUCCUGAUGAUUUGGUUCUGGAUGAGAAAAAGCUGGCUGAAGCACUCAAGAAGGAGAAUGAAAGGAGAAGGGAAGAGAAGGAUGAAAGGAAGCGCAAGUACAAUGUCAAGUGGAAUGAUGAGGUUACGCCAGAGGAGAUGGAAGCAUAUAGGAUGAAGAGAGUCCAUCAUGAUGAUCCAAUGAAGGACUUCCUGUAGCUGACGUUGGUUUAAGAUACCACAAAAUUGUGGAGAGGGGAUGCUGAUAGGUCUGGAGUUCAUUGGUCGAGGUUUUUUCAUCUCUGUAUGCCAUGUUUUGGUGCAGGACUAGAGUGAGAGUGACUAUGUACGUGUGAUCUUGGUUGGUUCUGCUUGUUGACUCUACCUGCUGUAAAACCUUGUUUUCCACUUUUUAUAGCAAAUAAAAUCCGAGGGAAAUUUUUGUACAUAUGGGAGGAUGUUUGUGUGUCUCGUGGCUGUACAUAAUUAGAUAUUUAUUCAAGUUUAUAUGCUGUGCGAAUGCUCUGCUAUCUGAGUA